UUUCCUUCGUUUUUUUCUGCUAGUGUUUAUUUAUUCGUCAACCAUACGAAAUAAAUUUCCCGCAGAAUAUAAAAAGAUGCGCUAGACACGCAAUACGCGAGCAAAAAAAUCUUGGCGUAAGCUUUAAAUCCAUGUGCUUGGUCAAGACAAAGUGUAUUACUUUUAAUAAUUCAUUGGUGAAAAACAAAAAAAGAAACGUAAAUCAGCAUGACAAAUGUGUUGGCCGAGUGAACGAGAGAGAGAAUGUGUGAGAGGAAAUAAGAGUGUGCAUGAAUGAAUGAAGACGGAGUAUGGUGUGUGUGUGGAAAUAAAUAAAGUGAAGAGUUAAUAAAUUGUUUAAGAAAACUGGUUAAAAAGCCUUUAAUGGUCAAUUAAAUGGGAAAUAUAUAUUAAAAAUGUUUGGUUAAUUAAAUAAGCAGAUACUUUUAUUGUUAUUUGAUGUUGUUAUUGUGUAAAAAAAGUAUUUGCACUCACUUCAAUUGACACUUGAGAAGCAACAUUUUGUUAUGCAUUGACCCAUAGCCACUGACCCGACCAAAGCCAGAAAUUGUCAAUAUAUGUGAAAUUGUUGUUGUUACUGGAGUGUAAAUGUCAUCCAUAAUUCAUUGUGUCGCGACUUGUCGUUUGUUUAGUAUAUAAUUAGGCUGUGUAUGUCAAUAUUUACACCCCACAAAAAAACACACACAACUGAACAUCAACAAAAAAAACACGAAACUCUAACAUUUCCUUUUGUGAUUUAACUUAAUUUCAACUAUUCAAGGGGCCAUUUUACAAUUCAGUGUUUGCCUAAUCAAAGAAGGGUGGUCUAUUAUCAACCCACCAGAGAAUAAUUACAACAGCAGUAGAAAUAAUAAUCAUUAUUAACAUUAAAUUACGCCGGUCGCCGCCGCUGCUACUGCAUCAAAAUGAGACCAAAAGUUGACAAAGAUUUACUGCCUAUGAAGGCGCAUUAUUUUUUCUUUAAUGCUGGCACUGCACCGGUUGUACCUUUUAUGCCCACCCUGGCCAAACAAUUGGGCUAUUCAAAUGUGGUUGUGGGGACCAUGUAUGCUAUAUUGCCGGUAAUUGGCAUGCUGGCCAAGCCAUUAUGUGGAUUUAUAGCAGAUCGAUACCAACGCCAUCGCAGCCUUUUUAUAGCCGCUGAAAUUCUAACCGCAGUUGCCUUCUUCGCCAUAAUGUUCACGCCCGCCAUUCCACAACAGCUGCCCUCGGUGACCUUUCAUUGUCAUGCGGGUGGGGCGAAUUUUCAUUUUUGCACCGAAGAUCAGUGCACGUUAAACGAAAUCGAGCGGGACUAUCAGGACAAGGCAUUAGCAUGUAAGCUGAACUGUCCCGCCCAGGCCUUUAUGUGGGAUAUAAUAUGCAAAGACUGGAACACUACCGGACUGUGUCCGCCCGCAAAUGAUAAUGCAAACAUAGAUAUAAGUGCCACAUUCACAAAUCUCCUGGUGGAAAGGAAUGAAACCUCCAAUGAGGGUUGUGUCUUCUUCAGUGUGCCGCACAUACAUGCCGAAGUGAAUGGCCACAAUGCAACGAUGUAUUGUCCCAGCGACAAGCCAUAUUUCAGCAGCAUCUGUUCCAUGGAUUGCAAUGACACCUAUUUGGAUAGUAAAAUAGCCGAUAGUCCGGUGAUAAGUACCACAGCGGCCAUGGGUUUAUAUCAAUUCUGGUGGUUCUUUGGUAUGUUGAUCAUAUCAUGGAUUGGCAUGGCGGCUGUGGUCAGUAUUGGUGAUGCCAUUUGUUUUGGCAUAUUGGGUGAACGGGCCCAUUUGUAUGGCAAACAACGUCUCUAUGGUUCGGUCGGUUGGGGUAUAUUCUCCAUUUUGGCGGGGGUUUUGGUGGAUAAGAUGUCGAAUGGUGUCGAAAAGGAUUACACCAUUGUCUUUUGGAUGACAGCCGUGCUAAUUGGUUUGGAUGUUGUGGCCUCAAUGAAAUUGAAGCACACCCAAACCCACUUAUCGCCCAACAUCCUCAAAGAUGUGGGUCAAAUGUUCCUCUCCAUUCGAUGUCUGAUCUUUUUCAUAUGGUGCAUCUUCAUUGGUCUGGGUACCGCUCUCAUUUGGAACUUUUUAUUUGUACACCUGGAAACGUUGGGCGGCUGUGAUGCCACCUACAUGAAAACGCUACAAGGUUUUGUUAUGUCCAUUCAAUGUUUCUGUGGAGAGUUGCCGUUUUUCUUUUUCUCCGGUUGGAUUUUAAAGAAAAUCGGUCAUGUGAAUGCUAUGAGCAUGGUGCUAUUCGGUUUCGGUGUACGUUUUAUAUUGUACUCUAUGCUGCAGGAUCCAUGGUAUGUAUUGCCCAUUGAGCUGCUGAACGGAGUGACCUUUGGUCUAUUCUAUGCAACAAUGGCUUCGUAUGCGAGCAUUGUUGCACCGCCCGGUACGGAGACCACAAUGCAGGGUCUGGUUGGUGCCAUUUUCGAAGGCGUUGGCGUUUCUGUGGGCAGUUUGAUUGCUGGCUAUCUCUUCGAUUCCAUUGGUGGUGGUCAUACAUUUGAAAUCUUUGGUGUGGCCGCUUUUGUGGCCUUCAUUGUUCAUGUGUGUGUGCAAAUGUAUUUGCAGCGUCAUCACUCCAGCAGCGAUACUGAAAAUGGCACUGUUAAAUAUUUAGCGCCUACAGAUGCAAUGCAUAUGCUUAACGAUCAAGAAUUUCUAACGUAGAUGUGGGCUGUGUGUAAACGUUAACAUUAUCGUAUAGAUGUUUUAUUACCUUUUUUUAAUUUUGAGAAUGUGUUUAUAAUUUUUAAGUAGUUUAUUUUUUUCAAAAUGGCAGUUUGAUGAAAGGGUAUUUGAUUUUUAUCACGUUGGCUUAAUAUUUCAAAAACAAAAAAAGUAUGAGGUGUGUCGUACAAAAAAAAAAAUUUAACUAAAAACCUUUAAAAAACCUCCAGGAAAUAGUAGAUAUUUCCUGGUUGUGAUAUGAAGUAUUGGUCCCGUGAAAGAUAGUCUUCAGAUUGUGUACUUUUAGUAUGGCCAGGGCUAAUAAUUCAUGGCUCUUAACUCAAAUCUUUUGAGAGCAAUUUCCAUUUUUUUUAAAGGGUUGUCCAAUUUUAUAUCCCGUUGACAUAGUAUUUAAAUUU